CGAGACUGUUUGCGCUGGGGAGACACCGAUUGGAUAUAUUUCGAGAAACCAAGAGACCAAUGCGCAAUUCUAUACGAUCGGCAAUGAUGGCUCCCGGUCGUACGGUUUGGGCACCUGUGGGUGCGUGCCCAUGGGGCCGGCCAUGAAACUAUGGCUGUGGAGUUGCAAGGAGUGGCCGGCAGAUACAGCGGUCAAUUACGGCAGCAUCACCACCUUGCCCUACUGUACCAGACUCAACUACUGCUUCUCUUUUGGUCAGGCACUUUCCAUGGACGUGUCUCAAAAAGCCAAGGUCUGUCAGGGAUCCCAGACGGUAGGGUUGCUCUAUUCGACUGGCCAAGCAUUGCCUGCCUCAGGAAACUCGAAGGACAUGGUCUCGGGAUGCUCUUGUUCCGAUCCGGAGACCGGGAAAUCUUCGGUCUUCACUUGUGACGACCCAAAGGCUAUGAAAGCGUUUGGCCAGGCCGAUAAAAGUAACCCUUUCGUUUGCGUGAACCCGUUGAAAGCAUGCUCAGGCUCCGAAUCAGAUCCCCCUUCCCUAGGCAAACCUAAACCAUCAAAUCGAUGAUGUGUACUAUUUAAAAAUCCUCUCAAGUGAACCUUCCAUGUAUUCUUU